AUGGCGUCCGACGGCAGCGGCGUGGUGACGGUGUACGGCAACAACGGCGCGGCGCUGCUGGAGCCCUCGAAGCAGCCAAAGUCGGCGACUUUCUCCGUCAAGGUGGGUCUCGCGCAGAUGCUCCGUGGCGGGGUCAUCAUGGACGUCGUCACCCCGGAACAGGCCCGCAUCGCGGAGGAGGCCGGGGCCUGCGCCGUGAUGGCGCUGGAGCGUGUGCCCGCCGACAUCCGCGCGCAGGGCGGGGUGGCGCGGAUGUCGGACCCGGGCCUCAUCCGCGACAUCAAGCGCGCCGUCACCAUCCCCGUCAUGGCGAAAGCCCGCAUCGGCCACUUCGUCGAGGCGCAGAUCCUGGAGGCCAUCGGCGUCGACUACGUGGACGAGAGCGAGGUCCUCACCCCCGCCGACGACGCGCACCACAUCAACAAGCACAACUUCCGCGUGCCCUUCGUCUGCGGGUGCCGCGACCUCGGCGAGGCGCUCCGCAGGGUCCGCGAGGGCGCCGCCAUGAUCCGCACCAAGGGGGAGGCCGGGACGGGGAACAUCGUCGAGGCGGUGCGUCAUGUACGCUCCGUCAUGGGCGACGUCCGCGCGCUCCGGAACAUGGACGACGACGAGGUCUUCGCCUAUGCCAAGCGCAUCGCCGCGCCCUACGACCUCGUGAUGCAGACCAAGCAGCUGGGCCGACUCCCCGUCGUGCAGUUCGCGGCCGGGGGUGUGGCCACGCCCGCCGACGCCGCGCUCAUGAUGCAGCUCGGAUGCGACGGCGUCUUCGUCGGCUCCGGAAUCUUCAAGAGCGGCGACCCCGCCCGCCGCGCGCGCGCCAUCGUCCAGGCUGUCACCCACUACAGCGACCCCACCAUCCUGGCUGAUGUCAGCGCGGGACUAGGGGAGGCCAUGGUCGGCAUCAACCUCAACGACCCAAAGGUCGAGCGAUACGCCGCCAGAUCCGAGUGA